AUUAGGCCGACACAGCGAAGACAGAUUGAUCCCUUCUGAGCAAAAGCAAAAAUUCAAAACUACCGUAUCUGCUAAGACAUCUCUGCGACAGGCUGCUGUGAGAGCAUACAGAGCACUUUACGCUAACAAGAGUGAAUGAGGAAACAUGGCCAGUAGCAGUGUCAGCGCCAGGGGGGCCCCCUCCCUUCCAGAGGAGGACCUGAUGUGCCCAGUGUGUCGGGACAUCUACAGGGAGCCCGUGGUCCUCUGCUGCAGCCACAGUGUGUGCGGUGUGUGCCUGAGGCAGUUCUGGAGCACCAAGGCCGGGCGGGAGUGUCCUCUUUGCCGCAAGAGACACCCGGAAGGAGCCGAGCCGCUCCGCAACUUGGCUCUGAAGAACGUGUGCGAGUCCGUCCUGAGCCGCAGGGAGGGGUCGCCAUCGCCAUGGUCACCGGGAGGUGACCUGCAGAGCAUGAGUAGGGCUGCAGUUUGUGUGUCUCACGGGGAGCAGUUGAAGCUGUACUGCGUGGUGGACAGGGAGCCGGUGUGUGUUGUGUGCAGAGAGUCACAGGCCCACAAGUGUCACAAAUGCCAGCCCCUCGACGAAGCCAGCCUGGAUAUGAAGAAAAAACUGAGGAGUGAACUGAAACGCUUGGAAGAGAAACUGAGAGCUCUGAAAGAAGCGAAGAAAACCCAUGACGAAACAUCAGCCCAUGUAAAGUGCCAGGCCCAAAGCACAGAGAGACAGAUCAAAAGAGAGUUUGAGAAGCUUCAUGAGUUCCUUCACGAUGAAGAGAGGGCCAGGCUGGAUGCUCUUCAAGUGGAGGUGGAGCAGAAGACGGCCAUGAUGAGAGAUGCCAUGGACAUGAUGACCAGAGAGAUGCUAACACUCUCAGACACCAUCAACACAAUACAAGAAGAACUGAGAGCUGAUGACGUAUCAUUCUUACUGAAUAUCAAGUCUACAUUGGACAGAGCCCAGUGUGGUGCUGUGCAGUACCCAGAGAACAGCUGCGGAGCUCUGGUCAACGUGGCACAGCACCUGGGCAACCUCAAAUUCACCGUUUGGAAGAAAAUGCAGGAGUUGGUUUCAUACACCCCUGUGGUUCUGGACCCCAACACAGCGGACGGCCGACUCCGCCUCUCUGAGGACCUGACCAGCGUCACCUACACCGCCGAGAGGCGUCACGUCCCCGACAACCCGGAGAGGUUCGACUGGUACCUGUGUGUGCUGGGCUCCGAAGGCUUUCGCACGGGCAGCCACAGCUGGGAGGUGGACGUGGGGGACAACUCUCUCUGGAUGCUGGGCGUCACCACAGAGUCCAACCAGAGGAAAGGCCUGAUCUUCUUCAACAGUGGCGUCUGGUGCAUACUGCACAUGGAGGGAAGGUACAGGGCCCGCUCCUCCCAGACGUCGGGGGCGGCGUUGCAGGUGGGCGGGCGACUGCAGAGGGUUCGAGUGCAGCUGGACCUGGACAGAGGAAGUGUGGCCUUCUGGGAGCCGUCUCACAACAACGCCCCCCUGUACACCUUCACACACACCUUCUCCGAGAGGGUGUAUCCCUUCUUCUUCACCUGGUGCACGUGGUCGCCCCUGACGAUCUUGCCUCAUGUGGGUUCUGGUGCACGCGGUCGCCCCUGACGAUCUUGCCUCAUGUGGGUUCUGGUGC